UUUUUUUUUUUGUUUUUUAAAUUUUGGGAGUCACGACCUACAGCGGCGACACGACGUCGCGCGCCGCCGACCGAACCAUCCGACGCCGGCGCCGGCACCGCACGCGCGGGGUGGGCGCGAUGCGGGGGCUGUCGCGGGCGGGGAAGCGCGCCGGAGAGAUGGCGUUCAACGCCGGGGGAGGCGUCGUCAACUGGUUCCCGGGCCACAUGGCCGCGGCCUCGCGCGCCAUCCGCGACCGCCUGAAGCUCGCUGACCUCGUCAUCGAGGUCCGCGACGCCCGGAUUCCGUUAUCCUCAGCAAACGAAGACCUUCAACCUGUACUUGCAUCUAAGAGGCGUAUCCUUGCUCUAAACAAGAAAGAUCUAGCAAAUCCUAAUAUAAUGAAUAGGUGGCUUCAUCAUUUUGAAUCAUGUAAGCAGGAUUGCAUUUCAAUAAGUGCACAUAGCAGCAGUUCUGUUAGUCAGCUGCUUGGUCUAGUUGAGUUCAAAUUAAAGGAAGCAAUCUCGAAAGAGCCCACACUUCUUGUUAUGGUUGUUGGUGUUCCCAAUGUUGGCAAGUCUGCCCUCAUAAAUUCCAUUCAUAGAAUUGUCACUUCUCGCUUUCCAGUGCAAGAUAAGAACAAGCGAGCUACAGUAGGACCAUUGCCUGGUGUUACUCAAGAUAUUGCAGGAUAUAAAAUUGCAAGCCAGCCGAGCAUUUAUGUGCUUGAUACACCAGGUGUUCUAGUGCCAAGCAUUCCAGACAUGGAGACUGGUUUAAAGCUUGCUCUGACAGGAGCUGUCAAGGACUCAGUAGUUGGAGAGGAGCGUAUAGCAAAAUAUUUAUUGUCACUUCUUAAUAUUAGAAAAACCCCUCUACAUUGGGAGAGGCUGCUUUACCGAAGAGAAGAAUUGGAUGAAGAUGCAUUCAAUAGUAACGAAAAAGACUAUAGGGAUUCACCACAAAGGAGGAGGCGACCAAAUAAUUCUGACGCCUUAUAUGUACAGGAUAUGGUGAUGGAGGUCCAGAGAACACUUUGCAGUACAUUUAUGGACUUCACGGGCAACCCUGAGGAGGAGAACGAGCUUGAAAGCCUGAUAGACUUGCAGCUUAUCGCUCUUCGCAAGGUGUUCAGGAUACCUCACAAACCAUUUGAUGAAACACACGGCCCAGCCUCCAAGAAGUUGUUGACUCUUUUCAGAUCAGGGAAGCUCGGCCCUUUCAUCCUCGACGAUCUUCCAGAUCAGUAAAAGGCUAGGUUGCAUGUACGAGUUUUAUCUAUGUUUGUGAAAGCUAAGGAUUUCUCAUGAUAGAGAUGACCGACAUGAUAUUGGUAGAAAGCGAUGGACGACCUCUAAGAGCAUCCAACUUCAUUUGGAUGAUUAUCUAAAACAGUUUUAUCCUUUGUAUCUUUUGUACUCCAGCAGAUUAUCCAUAUAUGACAUUCUCUAUUUUUUUGGAGGAUGGAGAGAGAACAUCAAAGUAGAGCUUUUCCCUCCCCUAAUAUGUAUGACAUCCUAAGAUAGAAGAUGGGAUAGAUGAUCUGCUGAAACUUAACUUUUACUCUCCAUUCUUUAUUUUCAGAAUAAAAGAUGGAAUAGCUGAUUAUUAGGGAUGCUCUAAGGAGUUGGUUUUUUUUCAGUCCUCUUCCCUAAGAGUAAAGCAAGAUCCCUUCAGGCUUCAAUAUGUCACAGUGUUGGCUCUGUUCUUGGUAAUGUGUGCUGUCUUGGGUAUGCACGUUAGACUUCAUUGAAUCAAAGCUUGGGACUGGU